GCGCAACUUUCUUCCUUCCUUUUCGACAUUCGACCGAGAGAGACAAGAUGGGCCAUCAACAGCUCUAUUGGAGUCACCCCAGAAAAUUCGGCCAGGGUUCACGAUCCUGCCGGGUAUGCUCGAACAGACACGGUUUGAUCCGUAAAUAUGGUCUGAACAUGUGCCGUCAGUGCUUCAGGCAGUACGCGAAAGACAUCGGCUUUGUGAAGCUGGAUUAAGUGCGUUGAGAUGUCGAGGCUUCGAUGUCGAGUGGGCUAUUCGACUCGAGCAGUUUCCCGCAAACUUCAAUGGAUAUGGGAUGAUGAGGCAUUGAAAUAAACGUUUUUCUUUUGUCCAAA